AAAUGUUCCCACAUUUCAAAUCUUUUCACCUAUAAAGAAUUCAUUUACUAUAAUAAGAAUUUAUUAAAAAAAUAUGAAUACUCCAAAAACUUUUUUCGUUUUCUUUAUCUUUUUCUUCGUUUUAAUUUCUUCCACAUAUGCUCAUUUUCAAUUUGAAAAUCCUCCAACUAGAGGACAUGGCGAGGACACCAUGACACAACCUCCUUGUGGAGGUUAUGAUAACGUAAAUACUAAUGCUAUAACACCAUUUCCCGUUACAGAGGGUCAAGUAACGACUGAAUUCGAAGAUGGUAAUGGUGUUAUGGUUAUCAACUACGCUCCUACUGUCAAUGAUACUUUCAAGCCUGUUUCAGAAAAUGUCACAAUUAAUGUUUCCAAACCACAACAAAUUGUUACACUAGUUGAUCUUUCAAAAGCCGGUGCCAAAUCUGGAGAUCAAGGAGUGCUUCAAGCUAUCUAUACAGGAGUGGAAGGGAUUUGGUAUCAAUGUACUGAUAUUAAGGUUGUAGAUGCUAAGAAAACCAGUGGAGCUUCAUUUAUUAUUGGUACCUCUGUAACCGCUUUCUUCACGACUAUUUUAGUCUCUUUUUUUAUGAUGAUGUGAUUAUGACUUUAAAUUAAUGAUUUUCGUGUAAUUCUGAUUUAUCCAUAUGUAAUGUAAUAAUAUAUACAUAAAUAAAAAUAAGUAUUUAAAUUUUAAAAAAGUGAGGUUAUAUCGAUUUUCGAAAAUCGGAUAGUAUAGUACAAUGCAUAUUUAGACUAGUUUCACAAUCCCUGUUGAUCAAAAAAACUUUAGCGGAUUCGAUAAAAAUCAAUAGUAAAUGCACUUCAAACUCAUCGUAAAUUCAUCUAACUUUAAUUUUACGAAUACUAAAUAAAAGUUAUACGUUCUUUGAUGCUGUUAUAGACAAUUU